AUGGUCAAUCUCAGCAAGCAAGCAAGUGCAAGCAAGCCGCGAAGGAUCAGCUCAAAGGACGGCAAGGAAGAGCUGCAGGCCCCGAGCAAAGACCAACUCAAGACGGCGAUAUGGUACACGACUUCAAAAAUCGUGGAAGAGGAGGAGUUACGCACGGGCUUGGAUGGCUUCUCGGCAAGCGAGGCUUUCCUGGCCAUGCUCGCAGAAGUGAUCUACAAGCAAACGGAGGAGCUCGGACAAGACCUAUGGGCAAAUGCCAAACAUGCCGGACGAACCAUCAUCGAGCCCAGCGAUCUCAUGCUCAAAGUGCACAAGAAUCCUGCACUCUGUCAGCUGCUCGAGGAUGAGGCCGUUCGGCGGUCGAUCGAUAAGCCGAAUAUGGGCUCCUCUAGAUCAGCUGACCCGCCGGCAUCUGCUGCUGCCAAGCCUCGCCCUCGCCCGACAGCUGUCAGACCUACUGCAGAAGUGACGAAGCCAAACAAGAAGAGCACGGCAAAGACAAAGGCGCUGCGUAUCGAUAGCAGCGAUAGCGAUACGGUGCCAAAGUCUAAGAAACCGAAGCCAGCCAAAGCAAGUACCAGCAAAGGCGCCAAAGCGACGGAGGAAAAGGAAUAUCUCUCGUUGACACAGAUGAUGGACAAAGCUAGGGGCAAGAGGUGUGGUGACGACGAGCGCCGUCGUCACGCCGUCACGCCGACGAGGCUUUCGGUCUCUAUGAUUUGGCGACUUUGCUACUUGGCACUGCUCGCGACCGCAGUAUGUUCAAAGUCCGACGUCCAGACCGUAGAGCGAAGAGGUCCACCGCAGGUGUUCAAGACGUUCAAGCUCACCUACAACCUCAUUGGCAUGUGCGGCGACGCAGGAAGCUUCGUCACAGUAGGCCAUGCCUUUGUCAUCAUCGCCGGCGAUCCAUGGGAGAUCACACAACCGCCCGUCGUCGAAGUGACCGGACUUCAACACCUCAACAAGGUCGUACCUCGGCCCGACGAUCAAGAAAUGGCCUUUGAUGCUGUCGUGCUCAGGAUGAGCUUCCAGAGCCCAGAGUCACCCUACAACGCUUUGGAAACCUCGUGGAGUAAGGAGGCGAAGCGUUGCUGCCUGACAUAUUGGUGGGCAGAUGUAUUGAUUGAGCUGCACUCAGAAAGAUCGGCGCUGCUUUCGAGCUGGCUUCAGCUCACAUGUUGGCCUGAUCCUACAGAGUCGCAGAAGUAUUGCAGCAAGCCAAAGAUCAAGAGCAGACACUGCACAGACGCGCAGGAGAUUGUUGAACUUGCAUCGCCGGAUCGACAGUCACUGGAAAGUGAUCGUCUGGCCAUCUCACUCGCACAGUCAAGCUCUGCUCUGACGCCCCACUAUAGUCCUAGCUCGGACCACUCACACUCGUUUACCUCGCUCGCUCGCUCACACACACCCGCUCCUUACGUCAACCUAACACGGACUAGCCACCAUACUCGAAUAGCACAAACAACAGGAGGCGCAUCUCUCCCUCGAGUGUUCACCUGUUUUCCACCGGGUCAGCAAACAAAGACUUAUACGACAGGGCAGCCUCACCAAGGCAUGCCACGAGAGACUGACACCUUUACGAUCAGGCCGGAUGCUCCUACGACCGCUGGACGUCGUACUGCGCCGACCGGCAACAACACUGUCCGACAGCGCCAAGAGAUCAAGCAAGUCCUGACGCCUCAUGCUAGCAACAGGCCAGCACACGAUGGCAGUGCGACAACAGUCCGCAAGAAGCCCAGUCCUGCUGUCGAUGCUCGUCCGUCGUCUGCUCAGGAGAAGCCGAGACCUCGCUCUGGCGCCGGUCGAGGCAUCACUGGCUCAUCCGAGCAGCCAAAGAAGGAUCCAGAAAUGGUCGGUCCUUGGAAGAUCGGUCGCGAUAUCGGCAAAGGGUCCUCAGGCCGGGUCAAACUCGUCAAGCACUCCAUCACAGGCGAAAAGGCAGCCGUCAAGAUUGUGCCCAAGCAUGCAAUCUUAUCGAGCCGCAUGUCAAUCCAUCAAGCCGGUGCAAAGAAUGAUAAGCUCGUCCUCGGCAUCGAACGCGAGAUUGUCAUCAUGAAGCUCAUUGAGCACCCUAACAUCAUGAAGCUCUAUGACGUCUGGGAGACCUCGGGCGAUCUCUAUCUGGUCAUGGAGUACGUCUCUGGUGGCGAGCUGUUCGAAUACCUCGUCGCAAAGGGUCGUCUCGAUCACGACGAAGCGCUCAAAUACUUUCAACAGAUCGUACUCGGGGUCGAUUAUUGCCAUCGUUUCAACAUAUGCCACCGCGAUCUCAAGCCAGAGAACUUGCUGCUCGACUCUGAAGGCAAUAUCAAGAUCGCUGACUUUGGCAUGGCUGCAAUGGAGACCACAGACAAGCUCCUUGAGACUUCUUGCGGCUCUCCUCAUUACGCUUCGCCCGAAAUCGUAUCUGGACUCAACUAUCAUGGCUCGUCAUCGGAUAUCUGGUCAUGCGGCAUCAUCCUGUUCGCUCUCCUCACUGGUCGCUUGCCAUUUGACGAUGAAAACAUUCGCACCUUGCUCAACAAGGUCAAGCUAGGGCGCUUCGCAAUGCCACCUGAGCUGCCCAACGAUGCUAAGAAUCUCAUCCGUCGUAUGCUGCAAGUCGAUCCUGCCCAACGCAUCACGAUGGCAGAGAUUCUCGUUCACCCAUUCUUCAACCGUACUCCUCCGCCAAGCAGCUCGCUUGUUGACCCGCCGCCUAUCGAUCAGGUUGACCAUCCUGUAGCAUCUGCCGAGGAGAUCGAUCAAGACAUCUUUGAGAACCUCCAAACGCUCUGGCACGGUGUACCGGCUCAAGACAUCGUCGAGGCACUGGUGUCAAAAGAGCGCAAUUGGGAGAAAGUCUUCUACAGCCUGCUGGCUCGCUAUCGCGCACGCAAUCUGGAGAACUACAACGAGGUGCCCGAGCAGCCAAAGAAACGUAGAUCUGCUCGACCGGCUCCCGAGGAGUCUGACGAACGCAUCGCCCGACCUGCGCCGCCUCUGCCUUCGCCUAUCGCGCAAUCUACCAACUCACGGCCUAGCUCAGUUGCUUCGCGUCCUCUGCCUACGGCACCUGCUGCGGUCUCACAGCAGUCAACAGAAGGCGUGCCUCGUAUCUACGUGGACACAAACACUCAGGCAAGGCCGCCUCAAGGUUCUAUGCUGCCGCCACCUUCGCCUGCGCUCAGUCAGCAAUCGCAGUUCAAUCCACGACCGUUGUCGACCAUUCAGAUUCCAGAGACAGCGGACGAGGCGAUGCAGAAGUUCUUCCAUGAUAUCGUCGAUCAGCUUCAGCAGAUGUCGGUCUAUCCUCCCUCGUCUGAUGGAGGCUCUCGUCCUGGCUCAGUGAUCUAUCCGUCCUAUGGCAGCGCACCUCCGCCUUCGCCUGCGAUGACGAUGCUCGAAGAAGGAAACCAUCGGUUCGCAGACGCAAUCGAUGAAGAUGCAGUCUCGGUCGCCAACACGCAGUGGAACCGGCCGGGCGAAGUCCGUACAAGAUCGUCGUUGCAAGCUCCGUUCCGCCAGGCGCCUGUUCGUCCUGCACCUCGGCCGCACACUGUCGGCUCUGUGCCUUAUACACCGGCUCAGCGCUCGAAUGACAAGGAGAAUCUCGGUGCAAUGCCGUCAUCAGCCAAUGGUUCAAGUGCGAAGCGCAACACGCUCGGUCUUUCCCGUCAGCAAUCCACCGACGUACCCCGUGCAUAUGACCCUCUCGCGCGUCUGAUGAAGCGCAAGCAACCAUCGGCAGAGUUCUCAGCAGCGCAAACAGGCGGGCAAGGACGUAGCAACGUCUUUGGUAAUAUCUUUACCACUCUAUUCUCGAAGCAGCUCACGUACUCGCUUCAAUCUGCUUGCGACGUCAGCGCGACACGCUCAGAAUGCCAAAAGAUUCUCGCUGCAAUGGGCGUCAGCGUGAAGCGAGUGGUCGAAGACGGUCAACUUAUCUUCCGAUGCAAAGCAGAGACGCUCAAGGAGGGCCAGACAAGCACAACUCUCAAAGCUGUACGAUUCAGGUGCGAAUUUGGCGUGCAAGUCUCUGGCGAGCAGUUCAACGACACGCUGACGACGCUGAAUCUGAUCAUGGAGAAAGGCGCGCAUUCGAGCUUCAAGACGGUGUUCAAUAACCUGCGCAAGCAGUGGGAACUCGAUGCUGUGCCACAACCAGCGACGAUCGGACUGGGCGUCCGUCUGAUACCAAGCCCGAUGCCUUCGCCUGCUCUCGAGCAGGACGACCACUUUGUCCUCGUCUAG